AUGGCUCCCGCCCUCACUGAAACCCCCCCAACAGCGCCUCACAAGCUGAACCUGAGCAAUGUCCCCCUCGACAUCUUCCCCGACGGCCUGAAGACCUCCGGCCAGCAUCCCCCGCUGUACGACCAGCUGCGUCCCUUCGAGGACUUCCCCGAGGAGAUCACCGGUCCCACGGUCUGGAAGGCUGAGGACUACAAGAACAACCCCGAGAGGUGGACUCAUCGCUUCACUGAGGAGGAGAUCGAAGAACUGAGCCAGACGGCCGACAAGUUUAUCGCCUCUCACGUUCCCCUCACUGGUAUCUCCAAGGCCAACUUCCCCCUCCCCAAACUCGAAUCCUUCCUCCUCGCCCUGAAAAAAGACAUCAUCGACGGCAAGGGCUUCAUCCUCCUGAAGGGCUUCCCCGUCGACAAAUGGGGCAACCACAAGUCCGCCGUCGCCUACAUGGGUCUGGGAACCUAUCUCGGCUACUUCGUCAGCCAGAACAGUCGUGGUCAUGUCCUGGGUCACGUCAAGGAUCUGGGAGAGGAUUCCAAGCAGAUUGAUAAAGUGCGUAUCUAUCGUACUAAUGCACGCCAAUUCUUCCACACCGACAAUGGCGACAUGGUCGGCCUGCUCUGCAUCGCCAAGGCCCUCGAGGGCGGCGAAUCAGACAUCGUGUCCUCCCACAAUGUCUACAAUACCCUGUACAAGGAGCGUCCCGACGUCCUCAGGACCCUCUCCGAGCCCAUCUGGUACUUUGACCGCAAGGGCGAGACAAGCAAGGGUGAGGAAGAAUGGAUCCGGACCAGCGUCAUCUACCUUGAAAAGGGAGAGAACCCCCGUGUGUACACCAAAUGGGACCCCUACUACGUCCGCUCCCUCACGCGCUUCUCCGACAAGGGCAUCAUCCCCCCCCUCUCCGACCGCCAACAGGAAGCCCUCCGCGUUCUGGAAGAAACCGCCCAGCGUCUGGCCUUGCACAUGAUCCUCGACGUCGGCGAUAUCCAGUUCGUCACCAACACGCACGUCCUGCACGCUCGCACCGCAUACACGGACCACGCCCCGCCUGCGCCCCGCCGGCACCUCCUGCGUCUGUGGUUGUCCGUCCCCGAGGAUGAGGGCGGCUGGAGACUUCCAUUCGCUGAUAGCUUUGAGAAGAAGCGUGGUGGCAUCCAGGUGGAUAAUCAGCCGCCUGUAGCGCCUUUGGAUGCGGAGUGA